AUGGCGGCGCGAAUUGGUGAAAAUCAUUUGAAUGAACAAACUAUGGAAGUGAUACUCGAUUUUCUCUCGUCAUCAUCUAGUAGUGAUGACGAUUAUUUAUUCUCAAAUGAAAAACGUGUUAUCCCAAAAAUACAAAACUUUUUAGAAGUAAUAUAUGACUUUUCUGAUAACGAGUUUAAAAACAAUUUUCGAGUUUCUCGAACAACAGCAUAUAAAAUUGUAGAUAUGUUUGAAAAUUCAGCAUUCUAUUGUAGUGAUCAAAGUUACGGAGGUAUUAAACCUACGUCUGCUGAAGUACACAUUUUGUCAUUUUUGUGGUUUGCUGGAAAUAAAGUGUGCCUGAGAGAUGUUGCACAGAGUUUUGGAAUCUGUCCUGCUACAACUUAUCGACAUAAUGAUAGAGUUACAAAUUUCUUAUGUGAUAUAGCUAGCAACGUUAUCAAAUUUUCGGAUAAAGAAACUACUACAAACGAAUUCUUUGAAAUUGCUGGUUUCCCUAAAGUGCUUGGCUGCAUUGAUGGCACAUUUAUUAAAAUGCGAACACCAGCACACAAAAUUAAAUCGACGAAUUCCGUCAAAGAUUCACGACGCACGUGUUCUGAAAUUGUCAGAUGUAUAUGAGGCGUUACCAGGAAUAUAUGAAGGCAAUAAGUAUCAUAU